AUGAUAUGGAGUAACAAAGUCAGCAGUAAUAAAGCCAUCAGUAACAAAGCCAGCAGUAAUAAAGCCAUCAGUAACAACGCCAGCAGUAAUAAAGCCAGCAGUAACAACGCCAGCAGUAAUAAAGCCAUCAGUAACAAAGCCAGUAGUAACAAAGCCUGCAGUAAUAAAGCCAGCAGUAACAAAGCCAGCAGUAAUAAAGCCAUCAGUAACAACGCCAGCAGUAAUAAAGCCAGCAGUAACAAAGCCAGCAGUAAUAACGCCAGCAGUAACAAAGCCAGCAGUAAUAAAGCCAUCAGUAACAACACCAGCAGUAAUAAAGCCAGCAGUAACAAAUACAGCAGUAACAAAGCCAGCAGUAAUAAAGUCAGCAGUAACAAAGCCAGCAGUAAUAAAGCCAGCAGUAACAACGCCAGCAGUAAUAAAGCCAGCAGUAACAAAGCCAGCAGUAACAAAGCCCGCAGUAAUAAAGCCAGCAGUAACAAAGCCAGCAGUAACAAAGCCAGCAGUAACAAAGCCAGCAGUAACAAAGCCAGCAGUAACAAAGCCAUCAGUAACAACGCCAUCGGUAACAAAGCCAGCAGUAAUAAAGUCAUCAGUAACAACGCCAUCAGUAACAAAGCCAGCAGUAACAAAGCCCGCAGUAACAAAGCCAGCAGUAACAAAGCCAGCAGUAACAAAUACAGCAGUAAUAAAGUCAGCAGUAACAACGCCAUCAGUAACAAAGCCAGCAGUAACAAAGCCCGCAGUAACAAAGCCAGCAGUAACAAAGCCAGCAGUAACAAAUACAGCAGUAAUAAAGUCAGCAGUAACAAAUACAGCAGUAACAAAGCCAGCAGUAACAACGCCAUCAGUAACAAAGCCCGCAGUAACAAAGCCCGCAGUAACAAAGCCAGCAGUAACAACGCCAUCAGUAACAAAGCCAGCAGUAACAAAUACAGCAGUAAUAAAGUCAGCAGUAACAAAGCCAUCAGUAACAAAGCCAGCAAUAACAAAGCCAGCAGUAACAAAGCCAGCAGUAACAAAUACAGCAGUAAUAAAGUCAGCAAUAACAAAGCCAUCAGUAAGAAAGCCAGCAGUAGCGCCUGGUGA